UCUCCGAAGCUUGGCGCGCUCCUGAGAGGAGGGAGAGGAGGAGGAGGAGGAGGAGGUGGGGGGCACUGAGGAAAAAAAAAACCCGGGAUUGCUGAGUCUGGGAGCUCACGGAGAAUCCGAACUUUUCUUCUUUCGCGACUCCGAGGGGAUUGGGACGGAGGAAGAGUUUAAGAGAGACAUGCCGGUAGCUCUUGACUGUUCAGGUGCUGAGUCUCAAUUGAGCCAUAUUCCUCUGCCAGUGCCUGCCUUCUUCAAGGAAGCAGAAUGCAGUUUUUCCGUCAAAAAGACCCGCCAACCACUCAGCUAUACCCUUCCUCCACGGCCACGCCACAAGAGCACAUUAACUGUGAGCCGAAUUUUCUCUGACCGCCGUGUGCAGCCUUGGACCAAGCUCCAGCCACGUAGUGUUUCCUUCCAUGGCUUGAACAAGCAGGAAUCACCUCUACCUAGUCAUCUGUAUGAUGCCUCUAAAAAAGAGUUGUUUUUCAGGCAAUGUUUUCAGAAACUCAGCUGUUUGGGACGAGGAUCUUUUGGGGAAGUAUAUAAGGUACGGUCUCGUGAAGAUGGUCAGUUGUAUGCAGUGAAGCGUUCUGUGGAGCCUUUCCGGGGUGAGGGUGACAGGCAACGCAAAUUGGCUGAGGUGCGCAAGCAUGAGCGUGUGGGGCAUCAUCCCAACUGUGUGAGCUUUGUACAGGCUUGGGAGGAGCGUGGUCAACUCUACAUCCAGACAGAGUUAUGCCCAGGCACCCUGUUGCAGUACUGUGAGGAAUAUGGCCCUCUGUCCGAAUGGCAAGUUCAGACCUUUCUGUGGGAUAUGCUUCAAGGACUGCGCCAUUUACAUGGUCGCAACCUUCUACACAUGGAUAUCAAGCCAGCUAACAUCUUUCUAUCAUCUACCAAUGUCUGCAAGUUGGGUGACUUUGGCCUAAUGCUGGAGCUGGACUCGGGGGAUCUGAAAGAUGCUCAAGAAGGGGAUCCACGCUACAUGGCCCCAGAACUGCUCCGUGGAGAAUAUACCAAGGCUGCUGAUGUCUUCAGUCUUGGCAUAACUAUCCUAGAAAUUGCCUGUAAUAUGGAGCUCCCCAAUGGAGGUAAAGGCUGGCAGCAACUUCGACAGGGUUAUUUGCCCCCAGAAUUCACUGCAGGUCUCUCGGUUGAGCUGCAAAAACUUCUAGUUGCCAUGUUGGAACCCAAUCAUCUUCUCCGGCCCUCAGUGGAGAUGUUGCUUAAUUCUAGUCUCAUGCAGAAAACAGAGAGGUGGCGAAAACUUGUGUUGUUAGCACACUCUGGAAUCCAGCAGGGUGUCUCUGUGUAUAAGACUCUCCUCAGGUUCAUGCAAUGGCUUUGGGGAGCUCUGUGUGGUCCAGCUCAAUGGUUGCUCUUUUGGCAUAAGACUGUUCCAGUCACACCACCACAUUCACCCUUUCUUCUUCCCCUUGAAAACAGCAAUCUCUCCAGUGACUGGGGUGAAGAAGAGGAUAUACUUGAGCUUUCAGAGAUAAGUAACCGACAUAAUCACACUUGCCCUGUGGAGCUGCAAUCCUUGGAUAAACAACCUGGUUCCCCUCUGCUUACCAUAUGCCCAUGUGCAGGCAGCACCUCCACACCACAGCAUCCCUCACCCCAACAGACUGGUUGCAGGAAAAGCAGGUCUUUUACACUCCAGGGAAGUCCCAACCUUAGCUGCAUUAGUCUGAACUCCCCAUGCAGCAGCCCCACUUCAUCAAACAUGUUACCUGCAAAUACAUUACAGCACACACCGACUUAUGAUGAAACAGAAGAUGAAUGGGAAUCGGUUUUACCUCAGAGCUCCACUUUUGAGCCAAAAAAUUUGCUAAGCUUAUUUGAGGAUUAUCUGGCAACUAAAGAAAAAUGUCAGAGCUGAU